AUAUAAAAGCCCUAUUAUGUGCUUGGAAAUUUGUAAAUCUGUAAAUUAAAGCACUGAUGUCCGUAACAAAGUAUAAUAUAGGAAAAUGGUUAUGGGUUUGAGAUCAGCAGUGCUAAUUAUGCAGCAUAUGAUCUUUCUCAGUGUAAUAUUGGCGGUAAUAGCGACGGAAGCGGUUGCUUAUCAAGCGAACACCGGGUGCCGAAGUCGCUGCGGUGAAGUUACCAUCCCAUAUCCGUUUGGUACCAGCGGCGAUUGCAACAUCAGUGAAAAUUUUUUCAUCACAUGUGACAUCAGUGUCACACCCAACAAAGCAUUCUUAAACACCAGUAGCAUUGAGAUCGUCGACAUAUCUCUUGACGGUAUUUGUUUAGCUGCAGCAUUGUUCCUUGCUGGAGUUUGGUGGCUUUAUAGGAAACUGAAGAAAAGAAGAAAAAUAAAACGCAAGCAAGAGCAUUUUAAAAGAAAUGGUGGGCUACUGCUUGAGAAAAAGUUGUCUUCUGAAGAAGGUAGUGUGGAGAAUAUUAAACUCUUCACUUCCAAAGAGUUACAAACUGCAACCGAUCACUAUAACGAGAAGAGAAUCCUGGGUCGUGGUGGCCAAGGUGUGGUUUACAAAGGAAUGUUGCAUGAUGGGAGCAUUGUGGCUGUAAAGAAGUCCAAAAUAGUAGACCAAGAUCAUCUAGACCCAUUCAUCAAUGAGAUCGUUAUACUUGCCGCAGUUGAUCACCGAAAUGUUGUCAAAUUAUUAGGCUGUUGCUUAGAGACCGAAUUCCCUCUACUCGUCUAUGAAUUCAUUCCAAAUGGAACCCUUUAUCAGCUAAUGCAUGACCAAAAUGAAGAAUACCCAAGAUCUUGGGAUAUUCGAAUACGCAUAGCAGCUGAAGUUUCAAAUGCAGUUUCUUACUUGCACUCAUCUGCUUCUGUCCCCAUUUUUCACAGAGAUAUAAAGUGUAGUAACAUACUACUAGAUGAAAAGUUCCGAGCUAAGGUAUCAGAUUUCGGAACAUCGAGAUCAAUCGGCAUUGAUCAAACUCACUUGACAACUCAAGUUAAAGGAACCUUUGGGUAUUUAGAUCCUGAAUACUUCCAGUCAAGUCAACUCACUGAGAAAAAUGAUGUUUAUAGUUUUGGAGUAGUUCUGGUCGAGCUCUUAACAGGAAAAAAGCCAAUCUUAACAUCUGGAUCCCAAGAAAAAAAAGGCCUAGUCUACUAUUUCAUCUCCUCGGUGGACCAAAACCAUUUUCUAGAUAUACUUGACCCUCAAGUUUUGAAGGAUGGCCAAAAGGAGGAACUAGAACUAGUCGCAGUUUCUUACCUUGCUAAAAGAUGCUUAAACUUAGAUGGAAAAGAUAGACCAACAAUGAAAGAAGUGGCCAUGGAACUGGAGAGAAUUAGAAUUUUGAGAGGUUGCUUCCCCACUCGGCCAAAACAAGCUGAGGUCGUUGUCACAAAACCAACUGAGAUUGGGGACUUCACUUCAUCCUCAAACGGAUCUUACAUGGAUUCCAGCAUUACAUCUGUAUCAGAUGUUCAUCCACUUAUGUCCGAUACAUUUUGACUGCUACAAUCCUAUAUUAUAUACACAUAAAGCAGACUUGUCAUCUGCCUGUAAUAACUAUUACUCUGCCUUUGUUCUCUUCAAAUUUCUGGUGAUAUUUCAAUGAAA